CCUGACUGAGAGGUUUUGGUGGGGACACAAACACUUUUGUCUCACAGUUAAAGAAAAAGCACCAGCUCAAACAGCUUCCUUGGGGAUAACCUGAGACCUCAUCGACGUGUUCAGAAGAAGCGUUUUAUAGCAGCUCUCUCUGCAUGGCGUGUCUGCUGGGCUCUGGGUGAUGGAUGAGACCUUUACAGAAACCACUCUAGGAAAGCUCACAGCACUCUGCAAGGUCUCGUGUAUGUCUAAGUUUCGGAGUUCUCUAAUAUGAACAUGGCUGACCAUCAGGACAACACACUGAGGAUCGUUCUAGUAGGGAAGACUGGAAGUGGGAAAAGUGCCACAGCAAACACCAUCCUUGGGCAACCAAAAUUUACUUCUAAAAUUUCUGCGCAUGCAGUUACUAAGACUUGUCAAAAAGCAUACCAGAAAUGGAAGGGGAAAGACCUUCUCGUUGUUGAUACCCCGGGGCUCUUUGACACCAAAGAGAGCCUGGAAACCACAUGCUCUGAAAUCAGCAAGUGCGUCAUCUACUCCUGCCCAGGCCCUCACGCCAUCAUCAUGGUUUUGCGACUGGGCCGUUUCACAGAGGAAGAGCAGAAAACAAUUGCACUGAUCAAGGCUGUCUUGGGGGAGCCAGCCAUGAAGUACAUGAUCAUCUUGUUCACUCGCAAGGAUGAGCUGGAAAAUCAGAGCCUCAGUGACUUUAUAGAAGAGUCAGAUGAGAAGCUAAAAACGGUCGUUAAGGAGUGUGGGAAUCGCUGCUGUGCCUUCGACAACAAAGCAGGCGAGGCUGAGAAGGAAGGUCAAGUGCAGGAGCUGGUGGAGCUGAUAGAGACCACGGUGCAGAGCAACGGAGGGGCGUACUUCUCUGAUGACACUUACAAGGAAACAGAGGAAAGGCUGAGACGACAGGCAGAAGUUUUGAAGAAAAUCUAUACCGAUCAACUAAAUGCAGACAUUCUUCAAGUAGAGAAGGAAUAUGCUAAUAAAUUAAAACAAGAAGAGGAAAAAAAAAGAUCACUAAAGAUGGAAUAUGACAAAAAAAUAAGAAAUAUAAGGGUGGAAGCCGAGAGGAAUAUAUUCGGAGAUGUUUUAAAGAGGCUGAAGGGGAUGCGUUCAGAAAAAUGGUAUAUGUUUUGGAAAUAAUCUAAAUUCCAUUGUUUCUUUUUAAUUUAGGCAUGUGUGUGUAUAUAUAUAUGUGUGUAUGAUUAAAUCAAUAUAAUUAACUUAUCUAUCAUCUCAUAUGAUUAAUAAGAAUAAGCUCUACUCUUAACCAAUUUCAAAAAUAUAAUACACAGUAUUAUUAACUAUAGUCAUCAGGUCACACGUAGAUUCUCAAGAACUUAUUCAU